AUGAAGGCUUUCAUUUUCCUUCCCUUCAUGUUCUUGGCCAUGUUCUCAGUGUCUUCAACCCAGGCUUUGAAAACAAGUGUUUUUAAACCAGAAGAGGGUUCAGAACCUGCAUUUAUUCGACAGAGAAAGCAUGAAGCUAACCAUCAAGGAGAACAAAAGGAAUUUAAUAAGCAAGGAGGCAACACCCAAGGAAAACAAGCAAUAUCUGGUCUCCAAGGACGACCAGGGUAUUCUAACCAGCCAGGGAAACCAGGGGAUUUUAAUCAGCAAGGAAGGCCAGGAGUUUUCAAUCAGCCUGGAAGACUGCAAGGGAAUUCAGGAGACUCUAAUCCAAAAGGGAAUUCAGAAGCUUCUAAUGAACAGGGAAAACCAGGAUCUUCUAGCCAACAAGGGGGCUCAGGGUUAUCUAGCCAGCAAGGAGUUUCAGGAUCAUCUAGCCAGCAAAGGAAGCCAGGGUCUUCCAGCCAGCAAGGGGGUCCAGGGUCAUCUAGCCAGCAAGGAAAGCCAGGGUCAUCUAACCACCAAGGAAGACCAGGAUUGUCUAGCCAACAAGGGAAAUCAAGGCCUUUUUACAAUCAAGAAGAAAGAAAAAAUGCAGGCAACCCUUUGAAUACCAAUAUAAUGGAGAUUCAGACUGGCAGUACCAGCAGCAAGAACCCAAAUGGAAAUACAAAAUGUCAGUCUAUCUACAAACCAGUCUGUGGUUCUGAUGGAAAAACCUAUGGUAACCUCUGUGUAUUUAAUGAAGCCAAAAGGUUUAUUGAGAUUGAACUGACAUAUAACAUUGUGUAA